GCUUCCUACUUCGCUUGCUUUAUGGCUCUCUUCAUGCUUCGCUUUUCUGCUCAUGUAGCUUAUUAAUCCAAUUUUAUUUAACGUUAUGCGUAAGCUUGAGGCAUUGAGUUGGCAAUUACUAAACGUUUGCUACAGACAAUAGUUGGGGUUUGCCCUUAAAUAAAAAAAUGUUUUCAAAUUGCUAUUCUCAAAACAGGAAAUGGAAACAAAUUAUUAAACGAAGAGAUUUUAAUAGAAAGAAUUCUUUAAUUUAUCAAGCUGCACUUUGGGACAAUGUUGACCUCUUAUUGGAUCUUCUUCAAGAAGACCACGACAUCAAUUGUGUUGAUUCGUGGGGAAGAACGCCGCUUCAUGCAGCAGCUGUUUCAAGCAACUCAAAAUGUUUACAAGUUUUGAUAAAUGCGGGGGCCGAUAUUAACAAACAAUGUGGGCUGAGAGGUGAGAACAAAACUGCGCUUCAUCUCUGUGCUGAAUUGGGAUAUGAGACAAAUGUCGCGACAUUGUUAAAUGCUCAAGCAUCAUUUACUAUCCGUGACAUGAACGAUUUAACUGCAUUGGAUCUCGCAAGACGAAAUGGACACGGAGAUUGUGAAAAAACAUUACAAGCUGCGAUUGAUUCUCGUGAACAAGUUCGACUGAUGAAGCACAAUGAAUUGCGAGAAGCUGUGAAUGGGAAUGAAGAGACGAGAACUCGAGUUUUGCUUGAUGCAAUCGGUGCAGAACGUGAAAUCAUCGUGAACAUGGCACCGUCUGGUCAGAAUACGCUUUUGUUCCUUGCGUCUUCAUUAGGAAGUGAGAAAAUUGUUGACCUUCUUUUUGAUGCUGGUGCUGAUGGUCGAUCACAUCCAGUGACAAAUUAUUCGCCACUUUACAUUUCCUGUCACAAUGGACAUUUGAAUGUUUCGAAGUUAAUUCUGAAAAGAUUUCCUGAACUUGUUCAUCAACUAACUGUUGAAAAGUGGCUUCCAUUUCAUGCUGCAGUUAUCAAUGGACAUGUCGCGAUUGUCGAGCUUUUGAUCAAAUUCAAUUAUCCGGAGAAUGUUAUGAUAAAUUUCAGAGAUCCUUUGGGUGAACUUCAUUGGCAUCUCCCAUUCGAUCCAAACGCUCAAGAUGUGACAUCACAAAGCGCUCUUUAUGUUGCUUGCUUGCUUGGCAAUAAAGGAUUAGUUGAGCUGCUUUUAAAAUGGAAAGUAAAAUGCACAAAAAUUAAAAACGAACUCGAUGAGUCACCGGAGAAAAGGAAAUCGCCAGCUCAAGUUCUUUCACCUUUAAGUCCAAGUGGACGACGAGUUUCUCUCGGAAUCAUGUCGAUCAUGUCAAGAUUAAGUCUUGGACGUGAACAGAAUGAAGAAGAAACUUCAACUGACCAUUUUCAUAAUCCAAUUGAUGUGAAUCUUCCUUGUGGAGCUGCAAGAGAAACGGCACUGCUUGCAUCUGUUCGUGGAGGAUUCUGUGAUGUUUCUCAUAUUCUUCUCCAACACAAAGCUGAUCCAAAUAUCAUCGCUCGCCCAUUAGAAGAUCCACAAAACGAUCCAAGACUUGUUGAUGAAAUUUAUGGCUUUUGUAACACGCCGUUGGCUGAAGCGACGAGACAAAAAUCAAUUUCAAUGGUGGAUUUAUUACUGAAAUAUGGCGCGAAAGAUGACGAAUCGAAUGCUUUGGCAAUUGCAAUUCAAAAUAACGAUGAACAAAUUACUUGUCGUCUUCUUGCCAUCAAAGCACAUUCCGAUCCUGAUUAUAAGAUUAACAAGAAAGCGAUCACAACACCAGACACAGAAUUCCGUCCGCUUCUCGGUAAUUUAACGUUCAGCUCUUUGUUCCCCAACACGCCAACAAUGAUAAACUGGCAUAGUCACAAUUUUCGUUUGACAACUUUAAAGACAAAUUGGUUAGUUGAAGCUGCACUUUAUUGCAAUGCGAAGUUGAAAGGUCACCCGAAAUCUCAUCAAGUAUCACUUUCAGCUAUCACACGAAUCGACGUUUCUCACAAUUCUUUGACUGAAGUUCCAAAUGAGUUGUUGACGUUGAUAAGUUUGAGAUAUUUGAAUCUAAGUCAGAACAAAUUGAAUUUUGUUCCUGUUGAAGAUGUGACGACGCCUGUGAAGACGAAACGUGACAAGAAGUUUGAAUACAACGUUCCAGUUCUUGAAGAACUUUAUCUUCAAGAUAAUCGUCUCGAGUCAAUUCCAUCGUCAUUAUUUCGCCUACCGAGUUUACAUAUUCUUGACAUCUCGAAUAACAAACUUCAAGAACUGCCAUUUGAUUUAUGGAAGUCACCGAAACUUCGCGAACUCAAUGUUGCUUUUAAUCUUCUGAAAGAUUUGCCAAGCUUGCCACCUGAAGAAUUAUGCUGCAAUUCAUCAGACGCUUUAAGUCCCGUCGCCGACGCUUACUUGUUCAACAAUUUGGGUUAUGACGAAAAAGGUUUCACAACUCGUAACACGGUGUCAAAAAAUGAGCUUAUGCGACACAAUGUCUGGUCAAAGUCACUCGAAGUAACUGACCAAGAGUUGCGUUUAUCAGAUGCAAAGAACGACCAAUCAGUAUCGCAACUCAGCAGCUUAAAUCUCGCAAAUAAUUUAUUCACAAGUAUUCCACUUGCACUUCCUUGUUUAGCUGUUAACUUAACACGAUUGAAUCUCAGUUACAAUUCACUUCGAUCGAUGGGACAUAUCACAAGCUACCCAUCGAGUUUAAAGCAGUUGGACUUGGGUCAUAAUGAAAUUAGUUGUUGGCCGAGUUUGCCGAGAAUUGCUGCAUCUGAUCCACAUUUAGCUUCUGACAAUUUAUUAACAAGAAUUCAAUUAUCAACUGACGAUGUGUCGACACUUGGCGAAUCUGACGAGUUUGAGUGGAGUGUCGUUGGAGUUGCAAAGUCACGUUUGAUCUUUCCAAACCUUUCAAUGCUCGACAUCAGUAAUAAUUGCUUGAAAGAAAUUCCAACGACAAUUCAUGAAUUGACCAACUUGAGCGUGUUGAACAUUUCUGGAAAUGCUGACGUUAAUGAGUUGCCACCACACAUGGGAUUGUUGUCAAGAUUAUGGAACUUAAACACUCGCGGAUGUUCACUUCAAGAACCUUUAAGGUCGAUGAUUGACAGUAAAAAGUACAAAACGAUGGACAUCAUCGGCUACUUGAAGUCUGUCUUUGAAGAUGCUCGAAAAUACGCGAGAAUGAAGCUGAUGGUUGUGGGAAUUCAAAGAAUUGGCAAAACAAGUUUACUUGAAAUGCUGAGAAAUGAAAGUGGCGGAAAUAAAAACCAAAGAAAGCAAGUCGAUCAUUGGGCGAAGCGAAUGGGACAUAAAAACAUUAUAAACACAAAGACAACACGAGGAAACAACAUUUCAACAGUUGGCGUUGACAUUGGCGAUUGGAUUUGUGAUAAGCGUCGAUCAAGUGGACACAAUCAUGGCCCGGUUGUGUUUCGAACUUGGGAUUUCGGUGGUCAAAAGGAAUAUUACGCAACUCAUCAAUAUUUCCUAUCGAAGCGAAGUCUUUACCUCGUGUUGUGGAGAAUCAUUGACGGCAAGAAAGGUCUCGCUGAAGUCUUGCAAUGGCUGGGAAAUAUCCAAGCACGAGCUCCAAAUUCACCUUGCAUUAUUGUCGGCACACAUUACGAUGAAGUUGGUGAGAAGUUUCCACCGAAGAAAGCUGAAGAACUUCAGCAAAUUAUUCGUGAUCGAUUCAUUGCGAUUGCUGAUGCUGAGAAGAUGGGAUUGCCGAGAGUUCUCGAUUCAAUUGAAGUGUCGUGCAAGACUGGACAUAACAUCAAACUUUUAGCAAAUUUAAUCUACGACACAGCGUUUAGUCUUCGUUUGCCAGGCUCGAAAGAUUAUUUGCUUCAACAACGUGUCCCAGCGAGUUAUUUGACACUCGAAGAUGUCGUUGGAACAAUCGCUUAUCAAUUGCGACAGAAUGGAGUUGAUCCGGUGUUAAAUGCUGACAAUUAUCGUGAAAUGGUUGCACAAGAAAUGCAAAAUCGUGGACAUAAAGGAUUUCGUGAUAAUUCUGAGUUGAAUCAAGCGACGAUGUUCUUACAUGACAAUGGCGUGUUGUUGCAUUACGACGACGCAACUUUACGUGAUCUUUACUUUCUCGAUCCUCAAUGGUUAUGCGACAUGCUUGCACAUGUUGUGACGGUGAGGGAAAUCAAUCCAUUUGCAAGAACUGGCGUGAUGAAGAUUGAUGACUUGCAACAUCUCUUCAAAAGCUCAUGUCUUGGACCGACAAGUGACAACCGAAGUUACAUCGUGAGUUUGUUGAAUAAAUUUGAAGUUGCAUUGACGUGGGACUCGAGAACUUUGUUAAUUCCUUCGCUGUUGCCAACUGAAGACGAGAGUUUGUGUGGUAAAGCGGUGACUGUGAAGAUUGUCGCACGUUCCCGUGGAUGGGCGAUGAGAUCGAAGAAAAGUUUGCCAAUCGGUGGACCUUUGGAAGAAAAACGAGAACAAGCAGAUGAAGUAAAUUACGAAAUUUAUCCCGUUGCACGACCAGACAAAUCUUUGUCUCGAUUACUUCUAAUGUCGUAUUUCCCUUCUGGCUUUUGGAGUCGUUUGAUCACAAGAAUCUUAGCAGAUGAUCAAGUUGUCGAUGCUUUGCGGUGCAUUUAUCCAUUGACACGUGAAGCAGCAACAAAUCCAAACUUAAACAUCGCUUUGAAUCAAAGCGUUUCGUUUUAUUGGUCAAUUUGGCAAACUGGUCUUGCUUUGUUUUAUGGAAAUAUUCAAAUUUUUAAAAUGCGCGAAAUUCCAUUUACAUGUCAAUUAUCGCCUUAUCGGAAUCAAAACAAUCGCUUUAAACUAAAGCAAGAAGGUUUAUGGUGCGACAUUGAUUUGAUGUCACAAAGCAUCAUGGAGUUGACAUUUCCAAUGCAUGCAAUUGGUGUGAAGCCUUCUAAUGUCGAUCUGGGAAUUGAAAUGGAAAUUGAAAUCAACAUUCAGAGUGUCACACAAUUGUUGGCUCUCAUUGUUGAUCACAUCGACUUGUUGCUUGAAGAUUGGUAUCCGACAUUAGGAACGAGAUUUGUUCACACGAGUGAAGGAAAGUUUCUCGUCACACGACUAGUUCCAUGUCAGAAAUGUUUACUUCGUUGCGAAGAACGAAGCAAUCAACCGCCGCCAUCAUCAAGCUCCAAACUCUCAAAGGCGGCAAUUUUCAAGCGACUUUCACUUGAUAGAAAUCGUGAUGGUGAGUUGAGCGGUUUGAAUGAAUUUUCUGGAAUUUUGAAUGAAAUGGCGGCUGUUGGGACGUCGAGAAAGUCUCAAGAUUCCCUUCAAGGAUAUUCUGACUGUGAUUCAGGAGUUGAUCCAAACUCCGCUUGUUCGUCAAGAACGACGUCAGUUGAGGGACAUCCAUUGAUUGGAACUGACUCACUUCCACCUCCCAGCUAUUCAUGGAUGGUCGAAGAAUGCAUUUUGGCAGCUUACGAUAAGAAAUCAAUUCAAUGUCCUGUUCAUGGAGAGAUUGAUUUAAGCUCAAUCACACCCGACGUCAAUUUUCUCGAUUUAUCCGACGCAAAUCUCAUCAAACCUGAAGACAUCUCUCGAGGUCAACUUUUGGGACGUGGUGCGUUUGGAUUUGUCUUCAAAGCAACUUAUAAGAUGCGUGGGAGUAAUCGUCAUCUUGUGCCUGUUGCCAUGAAAAUGCUUCAACCAGUUGCGCCUGGUCCAAGAGCAAAUCAAAGUGCAAUCAUCGCUUAUAAAGCUGCUUUAGGUAAAUGGGAACGCGACCCAUUGCAGCACUCAUGCAAAGCUUAUUGCACAGCACGACAAGAACUUAGCGUUCUUCUCACUCUUCGCCAUCCAAAUAUUGUUCCAUUAAUCGGUGUUUGCACGCAACCACUCGCACUUGUCCUUGAUCUCGCGCCGAAAGGUGGUCUCGACGUGACGCUUCGUCAUUAUCGAAGAAAUGGAGCUCGCAUUGGUCCUUAUUGCUUUCAAUCGUUAACACUUCAAACUGCACGAGCUUUGGAGUAUUUGCAUCGUCGUCGUGUCAUUUAUCGCGAUUUGAAGUCGGAAAAUAUUCUCGUUUUUGAAUUUCCCGAUCCCCACACUGAAGAUCAUCCCGGAAAUUCAGUUCACAUUAAGAUGGCUGAUUAUGGCAUAAGUCGAAUUGUGUUGCCAUCGGGAAGUAAAGGUUUUGGUGGGACGGAAGGUUUCAUGGCACCGGAAAUUAUGAAACACAAUGGAGAAGAGGAAUACACGGAAAAAGUUGAUUGCUUCAGCUUUGGAAUGUUUCUUUAUGAGUUGAUUUCAUUAAGACAACCAUUUGAAGGUCACGAAGCUGUCAAAGAAUGCAUUUUGGAUGGAAAUCGACCAGUUUUGACACAACGUGAAACUCAAUUUCCAACUUAUUGUCUUGAUUUGAUGGUUUUAGCUUGGGAUCAAAAUCCCAAGGUUCGUCCGACUGCAAGUCAAAUUGUAUCGAUUGGAAGUGCGCCAGAAUUCACGCAUUUAUUGGAUGUCGUUUCAUUAUCACAUCCUGGAUCGGUUCUUCAAGGCUUAAGUUAUCCAAUAUCCGGACUUGAUCAAGUGGAAGAGAAAAGUUUAGGAUUUGAGCUUUGGCUUCCAUGUUCCAAUUCUCGCAUCGAUCUUUUGCUGUGUUCAUCGAAAGGUUGGCAACAAUAUCACAAAAUUUUAUGUCCACAACUCUUCACAUCCAUUCAGCAACAACAAAUGAUUCUAAAUAAGAACGUUGGGGGAAUGAAGUUGACUUGUUGCUGUAUUGUGGACUCAAAUAUUUGGAUUGGCGAUUCUGACGGCAACAUUCACGCUUUCAAUGCUUCUGAUUGUUCUCAUUUAUUCUCAUAUUCACUUGAGAUAGCUGAGAAUUGUUCUGUAGUGACGUUAAUGUCAUUAGAUAAAUAUAAUCGCGUUGCUGCUGGUUUAUCGAAUGGAAGAUUAUUUUUAUUAGACUCAACAUUGAUACCCAAAACAUUUGCAAGUGCUGAAGGAAGUUUCGUUCUAACCGAAUUGGGAUCUGGCGAACAAUUGUUUAGUGCUUGUUGUGUUUGGAAUGAGAUUGGAACGUACGAGAUUUGGUGCGGUGAAACAGACGGAGUUGUGAAUGUUUUCUGUGUUAAUGAGUCUGGCGUGUCAGAUCAUCAUCCAUUGACACACUUUGAAGCGUCACUGCCGUCGAAAGGACUCUACGUUGCCAAACUUUACGCUACUACUCAGCACGUCUUCUCAUAUGUUGCACCAAGUUGCAUUCUUUAUCAAUGGAAUAGUCGCGAGAAAGUCAUUGAAAACAAACUCGAUUGUUCGAAAUUAAUUCCAUGUUCUGAGAGUUUGAAAAGUAUUCAAAUUGAUGAACAUUUGAGUCCGGGAAAAUGUCAAAUUUCGUCACUUGCUGUGCUUCGUAAUGAGCUUUACAUUGGCACGACUUGGGGAUGCCUUAUAAUUGUUGAGAAACAUUCACUUCGUCCAAUCACCGUCUUUAGACCGUUUGAAGAAGAUCUUUUAACAAUCAUUCCACUUCCAAUGAUUUCUGAAUCCGAUCCGCCGCUAAUUGUGACAAUUGGUAAAAGUUAUCGAUCUCUUAUUGAUCGCUAUACUGAUGUCAAGACUGUCAAUGUAACAACACCAAAUAUUUCAGCGUCAAAUUCAACAAUUGCUGAUAAGCACGCCAAAGAAUUCUUGCAGCGAAGUAGAAGCAACAACAUGCACGCACUUCUUUGGCGCGCUGAUCAUUGGACACAAUUUUAAAAUUCCAUUUUUGACUCUUUUUCUUUUAAUCGUGUUGAAUGUGAUAAUAAAAAAAGUUUUAAUCAUCCAACUAUAAAUAAUGUGUGAGUGUUGAAGUAAAUAAUUUAAUUUAUAAAAAGUAAGUUGCGCAAAUAAAAAAAAAUGUUGAAAAAA